AUGUCUGGAGUGAAAGAGAACUUUGUCAUUCCCUUCACGGGAGCGCUACAAGCCUCGCUUGCGGUGCUGUUGACCAUCUUUUAUGGUGUCAUUGCAGCUCAAUUCAAUCUGCUGACUGAGAAGUCGGCGAAGGAUAUCUCCAAGGCUUGUGUCAGGCUGUUCCUGCCUGCUUUAUUGAUUGUCAAUGUUGGACAGCAGUUGAGUCUCGAAUCUGUAAGUGGCAGCUCUGCGAGGAGAAGGGAGAGGGAGAGAGAAGAGCUGACAUGA